AUACCGUUAUAAAUGCCUCUUACGAAAGUAAACGUUAAAAGAAACUAGAAAAAUUCUAUCAUUUUGCAUUUGUUUUACUAUAAAAUAUCUAUUCCAUGUUUAUAUGCCAAAAAAAGUAAAUAAAAAAUUCUUUAUAAGUUUUUCAUUUAAUUCGCGUAAAAAAAUGCCAACUUCUUUAACAACCUCGGAUCUGCAAUUGGAUAAAGAAACAGCAUCACCAAAUACAGGUGUUGUGAUAAAAAGAAAAUUAAAGAAAACCACUCAGAUGGUGGAUGAGGCAUUAAUUGAAUUGCAUACGGCAAAAGGCGUUACUAUAAAACAGAUCUAUAGUUUUAUAUUAAACAAUUACAAUCUGGAAUCAUUAUCCCAUGCUAGGAUAGGACUCAUUAAAAAACAUAUAAUAGCUUUAAGAGAUUCUAAUGAUAUAAUAAAUAAAACAGGACGCGGUUUUAUAGGUCAUUUAAAAUUGGUGGAUAAGAAAGAGUUUAUAAAAAAGCUUAAAACAAAUAUGCAACUAGCUAAAGAGCGUUAUAAUGCUACCAAGAGAUUAGCUAAACAAAACAGUGAACCUAAUACAACAAAUAAAACUAAAAGGUUAAAAAAUAGCAGCGCCAAAAGUAACUUUAAGAAAACAUCUCUUAAUACUGAACUAAUUGCCCCACCGGUGAUACCCAGGCAAGUUACACCACCUUUGCCGGCCGUUAACAAUGUUUCAAUGUUUGAUACACCCAUGGUGCCAACACAGGUACAUGCUUCAACACCUUUUAUUAGAGUAGGCCAUAUACCACCGGCCCCAGCAGUUACACAGACGGAAAAUAGAAAAAGACCCGCUGCUGAUGAGUUGGGUACACCGCGAACUUCUUUACCGGGUAAAAAGCGUAGAUUAUUAAAACGCCUCGAAUAAAUUAAUAAUAAUUUGUAGUCGAUAUUUUAUAUAUUUUAUGUUAUUUGUAAAAUAUUUAUGUAAAUAUCUCGUAUUUUUUCAAUUCGAAAGAAUAAGUCUUCAGGAUUUGUAUGAAAUUAAAUUUGUCAUUAAUUUUUACAAGUCCUUGGAUUGCAUAAACUUUUCUUAUUGGUUUUACUUUGUUAUUCUUUGCUAUUUAUCUUUUUUUUAAAUUGCUGUGAAUUUUGUAAAUAUUCAGUUACAUAUGUUAUUUGUAAAUAAUUUAAAAUUGUUUUAUUUUAACAAGUCGAUAGAUUUCAUUAACUUUAUAUACCAUUUUUUUUUGUUAUUUAUCAUUUGUUAAUACAAUUGUGAAGUUUUAUUUAUUUAUUCGUUCGGUUUCAGAAUCCUUGCCGAAAGGCCUUAAUCAGUUCCAUUAACACUGAUCAAAUAGAUUACAUGUAAAUUUGUAUUUUGAAUUUUGUAAAUAUUUAGUUAAGCUGUUUGUAAAUAAAUAUGAAAUACAUACAAGUGCU